AUGGCCGUCGAGAUUGAAUUGAUCGACAUGGGCAUUGACCGCGGCGGGCUGUGCGACGAUCAGUCUUCCAGGGUGAACGAGAAGCCUCGGGGAUGCCGCACGACAUGCGAGAAGCGCCACGCCGACGAGGCUGCCUCCCGGCGCCCCGCGUGGUACGUCGGGGAGCAGUGGGCAGGCGGCGGGGCUGCCGAUCCGAAGCAGCGCGCCGCGGUGCCCGAGGCCCGCGGCGAGGCAGCCGUGGCGCUCGGCGCAGAGCAGGAGGAGGAGGAGCACUCCUUGCUCUCGCCGCCCGCCGCCGCCCCGCCGGCGAGCUCGAGCCCCAACCGGGGGAGCCCGGCUUCUUCGAGCGCUUCGCCUGCCACGAGCGCCAGCGGCGGCCCGCGCUCUGCCCGCGCCCCGGCGUCGUGCGCCCUGCCGCAGGGAGGGCGCGCGUGCCCCGGUCGCCCACGAGGACGGGCCACCUGGCCCCCGCGCCGCUCGCCGCCAAGAGGCCUCGCGAAGCCGAGGCCGCCAGAGGCCAGAGAGCCCGGCCCGAGGAGCAGCCCGAGGAGCAGCCCGAGGAGGACUUCGGCGCGCUGCCCGAGGAGUGCCGGCAGAGCGUCCUGCGCAAGUGGGGGCGGCUCUCGGGGGAGGCCCCGGGCCGCGAGGCCCGCAGGCUCCAGGUGCUCGUGGCGGCCAUCGUGCACCCCAAGGCC